AUCUGAUCUCUUUUCUUCUGUAAUAAUCAACAACAAUUUCAAUAUGAUCUAAAACGUUCCUUAAUCAUCAAUCUCUCGUCUUCUCCGAUUUCGCCGAAGCAGGUUUUUGGUGUUUUGAAGAAAACAUGGAAUCAACCAGUAACCAUGGAGGGAUCCAGCAACUGCUUGCUGCUGAACACGAAGCUCAACAGAUUGUCAAUGCCGCUAGGACCGCAAAAAUGGCAAGACUGAAGCAAGCCAAGGAAGAGGCUGAAACAGAGAUUGCUGAGCACAAAACCAGUACAGAGCAUGGAUUCCAGAGGAAACUCCAAGAGACCAGUGGAGAUUCAGGUGCAAACGUGAAGAGGCUUGAGCAGGAGACUGAUGCCAAAAUCGAUCAAUUGAAGAACGAGGCUUCAAGAAUUUCUAAAGAUGUUGUGGAAAUGCUUCUGAAACAUGUGACUACAGUGAAGAACUGAGAUGACAAGCAAACCAUCGACUGUAAAAUGGUGUGAAGUGUUACUUUUGAGUGGAUUCCCUCAUUCGUUUCUUUGAGUGUGUCUGUGGAUUCCUGAUUUGCUAUUGAUUUUCGAUUUGUGCCUUUGAAUUAUUAUUGUAUCCAACUCUACAGAAUAUUGUUAGGACUUCUGUGUUUGUAAUAAACUUCAGAACAAAGGAACCCAUUGAAUUCUGUUUCAUCUA